AUGGCACAGGUUCUGGGCGUAGGAGAGGCUGUCGCCCGCAUCGCCUACCUCUCCUCCGAUGUCAUCGUCUCCGUCCAGCCCUCCCUCUCUACCGACAGCGAGUUCUCCAAAUUCCUCCGUCAGUACGCCGACAACAAGGCCUCGAGCUUGAUUUGUAAGGACGUACCAGAAAUACAGCACGUCCGCCACAAUGCCGACCCUCUACUCUCCCUCUACCAGCCUGUGCGGAGUGGUAAGAUCACGACCGUCACGACUGACAGUAGCAUCUUGAUCAAGAGCAUCCCGCAUCUCUACCGACUAGCACAAUACCCUGUCGUCAUCCACGCCAGUCUGCACCCGGCCGGCUUCCCAGACUACAGCGACAUCACGAGUAUCCGCAAUGUGGGCUUUACGUUCUUGCAGAGCAACUCGUUGCAAGAGGCGCAGGAUAUGGCUCUUACAGCACAUGCACUAGCGAUCAGAAGUGGCAAGGGUGUGAUACAUUUCUUCGAUGCAGCAAACUCCAAGGCCGAUCAGCCAAUCGCUCAUGAGAGCCGGCAGCUAGUGACGGAGGUGUUGGACACGAAUCUGGCAAGGCAGUACCAGUCGAUGAGCAGCGAUGACACAUCCUUAUACGUCAGCGAAGGACGACCACAAGUGCGAAAUAUUGGUCUUAGUGAAGGUGCCGCGGCACCUCCUUUACCAGCCGUCAAUGGUGUAUCUGGUGCCACCAGCCCACACGAUCAGUCUAGCGCCUCGUCUUCGUCAUCAGAUCGCAAGAAUAGCAGUUCUGGUGCAUCGGAGGCCGAGUCGGCGACCACCGUGGACUCUCAGCCGAAGCCGGUGAGCUCAGACGACAUCGACUUCAUCUGUGAGUCAAUCUGGUCUCAGAUUCGCAGCCAGACGGGCAGGAAGUACAGCGCUUUCAACUACACUGGGCCAGCCAAUGCGGAGAGCGCACUGUUCUUGUUCGGCUCGGAUCCGGGCUUGUUCGCUGCUGAGUUCCAGUCUGCUACUCAGGCUGAUUUCUUCCGGAAUGUUGGACUUAUCACACCUGUGCUUUACAGACCAUGGCUGGCCGAGCGAUUGACAGAAGCACUUCCACGGAGUGUGAAGAGGUUGGCUGUGCUCGAGCAGGUGCGAAGACGGACGACCAAAUGGGGCCCGAUACUGUUGGAUGUGUUGAUGACGCUCAAAGCAUCUGAUUCUCAUCAGACACCUACGAUUGUCGGCUACCAGUUGGGCUAUCUGGAGUACACGACGAUCACACAAGCGCUGUCUGGCAUCUUUCAGAACCUUCUCUCGCAGUCGCCCAUUCAGAAUCUGGAGGUAGGUCAGCAUGGGGGUCCAAGAACUGGGGGUACAAGCGUGCAGAACGAGUUCCAGCUUAGCCAGCCCAAGCUCGAGAAUGCAUACAUGAAGAUCCUAGACCAGCUCUUUAGCGAACGACUACACAUCGCCAACGCUCUGACGUCAAAGAGCGCGGGCGUUGAGGACCAAGGCAUCAAGUCCAGCCCAGAGUACGGCUUUGGCUCGUUAUUGGCGCGAAAGCAGCACCGACAGCGAUUCGUGUCCGAGGUGCAGGCUGCGGCCAAGACUCGCGGUUUCACAACCGAUAAUCCUCAGAAGUGGCUCUCGCAGUGGGCGCUUUCCGCAACAGAUGCUGAGAAAGCGAACAAGCUUGCUCCCGAGGUGAUCCAAAGACUCUCGAUUGAUGGCUCAUCCGCCGCCUCGAAGUUGCUCAGAUCAAAGGGUUUGUUCUACAAGGAGUCGCAAUGGCUUGUCGGUUCCGAUGCAUGGGCUUAUGAUCUUGGAAACAGUGGUAUACACCACGUCCUGGCCAGUGGCGAAAAUGUGAAUAUGCUCAUUGUCGACUCUACGCCAUACAGCGAGCGCGCCGCCCAAGACGCCGCACGGAGAAAGAAGGAUAUUGGUCUCUACGCCAUGAACUUCGGUAACGCCUACGUUGCAUCCUGCGCUGUAUACAGCUCAUACACGCAAGUCCUACAAGCGAUGAUGGAGGCAGAGGCUUUCGAUGGUCCGUCUGUGAUCAUGGCAUAUCUACCGUACAAUCGUGAGGACGACAGCCCUCUCGCCGUCCUACAAGAGACGAAGAAGGCAGUCGAUCUCGGAUAUUGGCCUCUAUACCGAUGGGAUCCCAAGGCAGAAGAGAAGGGCGAGGAGGCGUUCAAGCUCGAUUCCGAGCGCAUCAAGAAGGAGUUGCAGGAGUUCUUGCGGAGAGACAACCAUAUGAGUCAGCUUAUGAGACGGCAUCCGCAAUUCCAUGCGCAUCUUUCUGAGUCUUACGGUAGUGAGGUGAGGAAGGUGCAGAAGAGGAAGGCAAAGGAUGCUUACGAGGCUCUGCUUGAGGGUCUGCAAGGUGCUCCGAUGACUAUUCUGUUCGCGUCCGACAAUGGCAACGCCGAGAACUUAUCUAAGCGACUGGCGCGGCGAGGUAAGGCGCGAGGUCUGAAGACGAUGUGCAUGGCUAUGGACGACUUCCCGCUUGAGGAUCUGCCAAAUGAGGAGAACGUCGUUCUUAUCACCGCAACAGCUGGCCAGGGUGAGUUCCCACAGAACGGACGAAACUUCUGGGAAGGUGUCAAGACGAGUACCGAUUUGGAUCUCGCCAACACUAAAUUCACUGUGUUUGCUCUGGGUGACAGCCACUACUGGCCACGAAAAGAGGACAAGCACUACUAUAAUAAGCCUGGCAAGGAUAUCUUCGCACGUCUGCAAGCACUUGGUGGCAAGCAGAUCAUCGAUAUUGGUCUGGGAGACGACCAAGAUCCGGAUCAAUAUCAGACUGGCUAUGGCGAGUGGGAACCAAAGUUGUGGGAUGCUAUGGGGGUAGGCAAUGUCGAGGGUAUUCCUGACGAGCCGCCACCAAUCACCAACGAGGAUAUCAAGGCUGCAUCGAACUUCUUGCGAGGUACGAUCGAAGAGGGUCUACAGGAUGCAAGCACCGGUGCUAUCUCGGCAGGCGAUCAGCAGCUCACUAAGUUUCAUGGCACGUACAUGCAGGAUGAUCGUGAUCUGCGAGACGAGCGCAAGGCGCAAGGCCUGGAGCCAGCAUACUCUUUCAUGAUUCGAUGUCGAUUACCUGGCGGUGUUGCGACACCGUUGCAGUGGCAGCAGAUGGACGCUAUCUCUACUGAGCUCGGCAACGAGACAAUGAAGCUCACCACCCGACAGACCUUCCAAUUCCACGGUGUGGUCAAGGGCAAGCUAAAGCCCGCUAUGCAAGGCAUCAACAAGGCGCUUAUGACUACCAUCGCCGCUUGUGGCGACGUGAACAGGAACGUCAUGUGCUCCUCGCUACCAGAGCUAAGUGAGCUACACCGUGAGACCCACGCAUCGGCGAAAAAGAUCUCGGAUCAUCUGCUUCCGAGCACAACCGCGUACCACGAAAUCUGGCUCAAGGAUGAUAACGACAAGAACGUCCAGGUUGCUGGUAAUGCGGUCCAGGACUUCGAGCCGAUGUAUGGUCCCACCUACCUUCCACGAAAGUUCAAGAUCACCAUCGCCAUCCCACCACACAACGACACCGACGUCUACGCCCACGACAUCGGUCUAAUCGCUAUCAAGGGUGAAGAUGGUCAUCUGAAGGGGUUCAACCUGAUGGCUGGAGGCGGCAUGGGCGUCACGCACAACAUGAAGAAGACGUACCCUCAAACUGGCCGCAUGUUCGGAUACGUGGAUAGAGAUGCUGUACAUAUCGCCUGCGAGAAGAUUAUGCUCGUACAGCGCGACAAUGGUGAUCGCACGAACAGGAAGCAUGCCAGGCUAAAGUACACGAUUGAUGAUAUGGGCCUUGAUGUCUUCAAGGGACAAGUCGAGGAGCUGUGGGGUGAGAAGUUCGAGGAGCCGAAGCCGUUCCAUUUCGAGAGUAAUAUUGAUACUUUUGGAUGGCAGAAGGAUGAGAGGGGUCUCAACCACUUCACCAUGUUCAUCGAGAACGGUAGAAUCGAAGACACGGCCGAGUUCCCAAUGAAGACCGGUCUCCGCGAAAUCGCCAAGGUUACGAAGGGCGAAUUCCGCUUGACUGGCAAUCAACAUUUGAUCCUGUCGAACAUUCCUUCCGAGGAGCUAGAGGAGACCAAGGCGAUGCUGAAGAAGUACAAGCUGGACAACACUAACUUCUCUGCUCUGCGGUUGAGCUCGAGCGCUUGUGUCGCUUUCCCGACUUGUGGCCUCGCUAUGGCGGAGUCGGAACGCUACCUCCCCGAACUCGUGACCAAGCUCGAAGGAUGUCUUGAGGAGAACGGCCUCAGACAGGAGAGCAUCGUCAUGCGCAUGACGGGUUGUCCGAACGGCUGCGCACGACCUUGGCUCGCUGAAGUCGCUUUUGUGGGUAAAGCCUAUGGAGCUUAUAAUAUGUACCUUGGUGGCGGCUAUCACGGGCAGAGGUUGAAUAAGCUUUUCAGAUCUUCGAUCAAGGAGGAGGAGAUUCUGGAGAUUAUGAAGCCGUUGCUUAAACGGUAUGCGCUAGAGAGGAAUGAAGGGGAGAGAUUUGGGGAUUUUGUUAUCAGGAUUGGCAUGAUUAAGGCUACGAGGGAGGGGAGGGAUUUUCAUGAUGAUACUGCUGAGGUUGAGGAGGAUGAAUAG